CAAAUCUCAACAAUACUCGAAUCUUAUUUUCAGGUUUCUCUUUCAGACAAGAAGAGGGAAAAAAAGAAAAAAGAAAAAACAAACUUUUUGUGUUUAUGUGUUUUUAUAGAUCUGAUUGAUAAUAAAGAAAAAAAGAUGCAAGUUGUUUCUCCUUCAUCUCCGGCGCAGAAGUUCGCCGGAAAAGAGAGAUUUUCAGAGGUUUACGGUAAAUUAAACAACGAUUUCGGCUCAAAAUUAAAGAUAGGUUCCACCACAGGGCAAGAACACAGAGAUCAUCAUAACAAUCUUGAGAAAUCAUCAUGGUGGAAUCAGAACGAGACCAAAGCCGAAUCUAAUCAAGAAGAUGAGGAAGGAGAACGAGAAGGAGAAGAGUUCUCAUUCGCAAGUGUAAACGCAGAGAACUCACCGAUAACCGCAGAUGAAGCGUUUAAAGACGGUCAGAUCCGACCGGUUUAUCCUCUGUUUAACCGGAAUCUUCUCUACGACGAUCCAAAGGAGCAAACUUUACGUUCACCUCUCAAGAAACUCUUCGUGGAAUCCACAACCGCGGAGGACGAACAAGAAGAAGAAGAAGAAGAACCAAUGGGUCCGUACUGUUCAUGGAAAGGCCGUACGGUUCAAGAAGCAACGCCGGAGACUUGUCGGAAAAGUAACUCGACAGGGUUUUCGAAGCUAUGGAGGUUUAAAGAUCUUGUUUUGAGAAGUAACAGCGACGGUAAAGACGCGUUCGUGUUUCUAAGCAACGGGGAUGGUGACAAGAACCAACAACCUUCGUCGUCUUCGUCGGUGAGAUCGAAGAGAACGGAGAAAGAGAAAGAGAAAACGAGAACAGAGAAGAAGAAGAUGAGAACGAAGUCGGCACAUGAGAGGUUGUAUAUGAGAAACAGAGCAAUGAGAGAAGAAGGUAAACGAAGAUCGUAUCUUCCAUACAAACAUGUUGGUUUCUUCACUAACGUCAAUGGUUUAACAAGAAAUGUUCAUCCUUUCUGAUUCAAACCGACCGGUCUGUUGCAGAAAAAUCUCUCUACCGACAAAUCUUUUGCCUUUUUUGUGUAUAAUAUCUCUUUUAACCUUUUUUUAAUUUCUUGGUACCUUUUGUAUUAUAAAACCUUCUCUUUUUGUAAGUAAAAAAAGUGAAAUUUUACUUAUUAAAUUCUCAAUUCUGUUGUAUCGAUUUGAUUUGGUAUAGUAGAUAAAGAAAGAAGCAGUUCACCGAUC